AUGGCAGUUGACCCUGGAAUGGUGAUAGGUUUCCUCAGGCCGUUAUCACGGUCAGCUCACAUGGCGCUGGAACUUCCACACAACAGGAACCGUGUCAUAAGUAUCACUCCCGCGCUAGAAACCCAAGAUUUACGGAAAAGACAACGGAGAUCUGUCAAUUCGGAAACCACAGCACCACAGCUAGGCCAGGAAACUCUAGCGCCACAGCUCGUCCUAUCACUUUUGGACGAACACAAACCGACUGAUCCACUUCGGGGAUUUGUUUUUGGAAAUGACAAAGACCGUUGCGAUGUUCUCCUUGACGGGCGGUCUGAAGGUGUCAGUCGUGUUCAUUUCCGUUUAAGUCUCAACUGGGAGUCAGGAGCACUGCUUAUCACGGAUACAUCCUCAUUGGGCACGAAUUUGACCUCCAGUAUUGGCAGACUCCCCAGCGUUCCUCUUCUGCAACGCAAAAUUCCGAUUUUUUCCGGGGAUACUAUACAAGCAGGAACAGCCAUGUUUAAGUUAAUAAUACCAGACCGAGGAAAUAAUCGUUGGAUUUUCGACCAGAAUCGGCUGAACUAUUACAAUAAGUGGAAAAACCAGGCUCCACAAAUCGAGACACUUUUGAUUAGCCAGAAAACCCUGACAUAUUUGGACCCUGGCAGGAUUUCUACAUUUGAGGUUCUCGGAAGUGGAACAUAUGGAACGGUCCACAAGGCGGUUGAUGCUGUCGGAAACAUCUACGCGGUGAAGUUUCCCAAGACGUUGAGUGAUCCGGCCGAGAACAGUAAGGUGAUGGAGAGAUUUGAAAGGGAGACAAAAGUUCUUCAUGAUUUGGAUCAUGAGCACAUUGUGUCCAUAAUCAAGGACAUGGAUAUUUCGGGAUAUCAAGAUGCUUUCCUAGUGAUGGAGUAUAUUAGCAAUGGAACUCUUGAACAACUUGAAGAUCUCACUCCUCAAGAUAUCAUGUUGUUGGCCUCUCAGGUUCUUGAUGCCGUGCUAUACCUUCACACUAAUGGCUAUGCUCAUCGUGAUAUCAAACCCGCAAAUAUCCUCGUCAAAUCAGUGGAGCCUUUUUCUUUCGUACUCUCUGAUUUUGGGCUUACGUCGCGGGAUCCUUUACAGACAUUUUGCGGUUCCAAUAUGUAUGCCGCCCCUGAAAUCUAUAACCAUCAACCAUAUACAGCUAUGGUGGACAUCUGGGCAAUUGGUACAGUCAUUCUCAAGUACACUGCUGGGCUUCCAGCACUUCCAACGCCGUGGGACAACGAUCAGUGGUUUAAGUCGCUUUCUGCGUUCACUCCAAAAAUUGAGCCGUGCUGGAAAACCUUACGAGACUUCGCAAAUACUCUGCUAGAACCAGACCCAGACAAACGUCCGAUAGCUCAAGUCUGCUUGACCGAGAUCAACAAGAUCCGUAGAGGCGAAGCGACUAGUGUUUCAUUUCGCGAUAGAAAGCGUAAUAUGCCUUCUACUCCAGCCCCGUACGUUCCCAAAGAUAUCACUGCAGACGACCUCAAGAGCUGGGUCCAAUACGAUCAAAGCAAAGACCCUCCCAGGGCGAUAAAUUUGACCAGAAUAUGUUGGGCCCUUUGCCUAUCAAGAGACGCCAUGAGGUCCUACUUGAAGAAGGAAGGGCACGCGUCCUACGUCAUGCCCACAACUCCGAGGAAGAAACUUCUUAGAGGCACCUACGUUAGCAUAUCCUGUGCUCUAGCGUUUCUAAGAAGCUCUCGUCCGGACCUUAAGAAUCUCAUUGCUGACCUCCAACAACUCGACUCUUCAAGCGAAAUGCCAGAAACGCCAGAGCCGCCGAUAUCAAUUGCCUCAGAUAAUACUUUUACCCCUCUGUCCCGCCCGCGAGCCCUGGGCGAAUCUGCCCACCAACGUUCGGGUCGCUCAAGCACACGAGCGCUGAGAGAAUCGGUCCGCCAAGGCCGGGAGCGCUCAAGCCCGCAAGCGCUGGAUGACGCGGCCAUCCAAUUCAUAGAUCCCAGCUUGAUCCACCAGGGUGCUGCUAGUGUGGAGCAAGAUGAUUUAAACAACCUCCCUGAGUUUGUAAUAAAUUCGACCUUCGACGAUCAACUGUUUUUCGAUUCCUAUAUUGCCCCCCCGCAGGAGUAG